UCUAUAAUUUCUCCGCUAUUACUUCGACGUGAGACUUUAAGAGGCAACAGGAGUGAAAACGCUAAAAUGGAAAAGAGCUCACUUUAAAAUCGGGGUACCGCUCUCGACUGUUUCCUCCAAAACUUGACCAGUCGGAACGACAUUUGAGAAUCUAUUUAAUUUCUCUGCUUCGAUGGCGGGUCCUAUUGUUCUCAAAGGAUCAUCACCAUCAGGAGACACAGUGAUCGCCAUAUCAUCAUCAGACCCAAACGUGGAGAAGUAUUUAACAUUCAAUUUUCCAACCCAGAGAGAGAAUUUCGGAAGAAUUGAUACUAAUCCUUCAGAUUUGUACCAAAAAACCUUUAGUACCGCUUUAGCUGGAACCCAUACUACUACAGGGAGAGGAUUUCCAACCUUCAAUCCAUUUUUACUCCCAUUUUUCAAUAUUCCCUUUAACUUUGAGGGUUUGAACUUCGGACCCUGGCUGAGAGGCGUUGAAAGCCAAGAUUCUUUCGGAAAUGGUGAUGUAAGAAGUUGCUGUUAAUGAUAAUGGCCAUGUUUAUGGUAAAAUAAAUGGAGUAAGCUUUGACAACGCUAAGACCAAACAAUAGGAUACCUAAAUCGUUUUCAUAGAGAAUGUUCGUAACAAAGUCUAACCAAAAUUAAAUA